AGAAAGGUUUAUUACUGAUGGAGAGAUGCAAGUUAUUGCAAACGAGUUGAACAAGAUUUAUCAUAAACAAGAAAAGAUGCCUAUAAGCUAGAAUUAGAGAUUCUUAAAUGCCUAAAUACUCUGAUGAACAAGCAGUCGGGACUGCGGGAAGCAUUUCAGCAUCCAGACAUAAUAUAUAAUAUUUGUCUGUCAUUGGUUUCACCUUAUAUACCUUCACGAACACAGGCUUGUGAAUCUCUGACUGCCUUCUGUUUCUUGCCUCACGGACGUGACAUGGUUCUACAAGGAAUGGAUUUCCUAAUGAAAACUGGAACAUCAAGCAACAGAUUUGAGACGUGGAUACAGGCAAUUGAGAAGACGUUGGAUGGAAGAGGAAAAAUGGGUUCAGCUGUGGGUGCAAGUUCUGAUUUAAAGAUGACAGGCAUGGUUGGGUCUGGCGGUGAUACGCAAAUAACUCAAUACCUGUUCAUCAGUGUGCUGUUUAUGAAUACACUGCUUCGAUCUGAAAUAGUGGAGGAUCGAAAGGAACGAGUAAAUUUAAAUCAGGAGCUUCAAGCAGUAGGUCUUGAGUCUGUGUUUCAGAAAAUGGAACUAUUAAAUCACGAACAGAUCAACUUGGCUAUCCAAAAAUACCGUGAUGAUACCGAUGCAGAUAUUAUUCAAGAAGAUAUUGAUAUGUACAACAAUUUAAAUCCAAAAGAUGUUUUAGAAAUGAUAUUGACAUCCACCCAAAAUACCGAAUCCUACACCUGCAUUCAUAAUAUAUUGUGUUAUCUGUUAAAAAUUCAAGAUGACCCCAAAAAGAGCGCUCAGCAAUAUCAAAUAAUCGAACUCUUGAUACAGCGAAUUGUCCUGGAUCAGAGAAGCUAUCAAUUAGAAGACUUCACGGAUAUCUCAGGUUUCAAUGUGAAGAGUCUUAUUCCGAGGUUCUCAAGAUCUACAGAUAACACUGAUGACACUAUUGCAGCGCUGGAAGCAAAAGUUGAAUACCUCGAAAAGGAUUUAGAAAUGGCAAUACAGACCAAUGCAAUGCUGAAAGUGCUACUUAAAGAUACAGAGGAGUGUUAUAAAGGCGAGCUUGCCGAAACUGAGGGAAGAAUGCGUAAACUACACGAUUCCAUACGCAACUUGACAGAAUAUGGAAAUCCUUCUUUUAAAAGGCGUAGCUGUCGUAGCCAACAACAAAGUUCCGCCAGCAUAGGCCCAUCAUCUGCCAAUUCCGUACGAAGUUCUUGGUCUGCAGUUGAUAUCGAAAGCGCGCCGUCUAAAUUAUCCCUGCCUUCAUCACUGCCAUACCAAGAUAGUCCACGGCGAUUUUCCUCACAAGGUCCUAUUCAACGUUCAUCUACUCUAGAAAACAGCGGCUUUUCAGGUUCAAUAAAACAGACAUUCAGGUCAAAAUUUGGCAGUUUAGUUAGACGUUCAAGUAAUGACACUGUUUCCAGAAGUAGUAAAUCACGAGGAAGUUCGAUAGAUUCGGUUACAUCGCAAUUAAAACCCCCCUCUUCAUGGAGUCUUGUUAUGGAACAACCUGUUACAUCCAAGAACUCAGCAGAUGGUCGUAAAGUCCCAAAUACUGUUACAGUAGAGAGAUCGGAGAGAGGUUUAGACACGCAAACUUCAGAGCUAUUAUCUGAUAGAGAUACUCAACAUUCUUUAUCACAAACAUCAAGUACGUUGGGAAGUCAGGCUUCUCGAAAGUCAAGCAGUGACGAAUUACAAACCGUGGCAAAUACGAAGUAUUCAGUUGCGGCUGUACCUGUAGCGAGCAAGAAUGAUGUUUUGAAGGAUUACGAAGAUAUGGCUGACUUACCUAUUAUCACGACUGAAAAACACCCUCUAGCUUCAAAUGGUCCCGCUCAUCUACUGCCACCACCACCUCCACCUCCACCACCGCCACCGCCACCAGCUCCCACUCCAGUCUUCUCGGACAACGAGGAAGGAAAUGAAGCUCCUCCUCCACCGCCUUUUCUUGGUAUAACAGGCCGGAAACCAAGUGCUUUUCAGUCAAAACAACGACUAAAGUAUGUAGAAUGGGAAAAAAUGAAUCUCGCAAACAUCCAUGAAACAAUAUGGCAGGAAUUUGGCAUGGAUUCUUCUAGUAGGAGCAACAGCAGACCAAACUCGUUAUACAAACAAUUUGAAUCGACAGAUUCACUGAUGGAGAAUCAGCUCGCCAAAGCUGGUGUGUUUGAUGAAGUAGAGUUAGCAUUUGCUCAAAGGCCGGCUAUCGAAAUCAAAAACAAGAAUAUCAAGCAAGAAAUACAAAUUUUAGAAAGCAAAAAGGCAUACAAUCUUAAUAUCUUCAUAAAAAGCAUCAUCAAGAAAAUUCCUUUCGAACAAAUACGUUAUUACUUCUUAUUGAUGGACCCUUAUUUUGCUGACGAACAAGUCCUUAUCAACUUGGUUAGAUAUUUACCAUCAGAAGAGGAAGCUACAAAACUAAGAGCUUAUUUCAAUGCCUCUGAUGAGGAGAUAUCAAAGUUGGGUAUUCCGGAAAAAUUCUGUCUGCAGAUGUUGAAAACAAACAGAUUGAAAGAAAGACUUGAAUGCAUGUUGUUUAAAGCAAACUUCUUAGAGCGCUUCACACUCUUACAUAAGCAAAUGACCUCAGUAUAUAAUGCAUCAAUUGCUCUUAAAGAUGCAAAGAAAUUCAAAGUCUUACUACAUUUAAUCCUUGUAUUGGGUAACUUCCUUAACGGAAAUACCUACCGAGGUGGUGCCUUUGGGAUUAAAAUUGCCAGUAUUAACAAGCUGAAAGAUACAAAAGGAACCUCUAAAACAACUACCUUUCUGCAUUUCCUUGUUGAUGCAGUGGAAAAAAACUUUCAGUAUGUUCUAACAUUCCUAGAAGAAUUAGAUGAAUGUGGCUCGGCUGCGAAAGUCUCUAAAACCGAAGUAACAGCUGAAUAUCAAGCUGUUGAAAAGGAACUUCAAAAACUACAAAUUGAGUUACGCGAUCAUUAUGCCUUGAAUGACGCAGAAGACGAGGACAUGGAGUUAGAUAAAUUCGUUGCCAUCAUGCAUCAAUUCUAUACCGAGGCAUCGGCUGAAUUUAAACGAAUCAAAAUGCUGUUUAACAAAAUGGAAGAAAGCUAUAACCAAGUGGUUCGCUUUUAUGGUGAAAAUCCUUGCAAGAUGCAGCCAAAUGAAUUUUUCGGCAUUUUCAAAGAAUUCACCGAUAGCUGGGAGAAAUGCUCCAGUGAAUCCAAAAUGUUAAGACAGAAACAAGAACGACUUGAAAAGAUCAAGAAACGGCAGAUGGAACGAAGAAAAAGAACCAAUAGUAAUAUAGGUCCCACUAAGUUUAACACUGGCAAUGAUCCCGAAGACGAUGAAGCUAUCUUGCAUAGCCUAUUAGACAAAUUGAAAAAAGAUACUCUAGACGUCAAGGUAAGAAGAAGGAGCGAUCGCCAGCGAUUGCGUCAACGAUCCACUAGUAGUGUCAGCAUGCUUCAACAGUCAAUAUCAUCUGCUCAACCGCAAGACGCCAUAUAUUUUCAAGCAAAUAAAAUGCUAACGAACAUUCAAAAUGAUAAGCUUGGCGAGACCACCACUAUUGACAGCUCUAUGAACAGCCCAACAAUUUUUGAUUUUGGUUCUGCUCCACGCAUAACAUCUACAAUGAACGCUUUACAUGGGGGCAGGAGAAGAUUAAGUGCAUCCGUUGCUGUUUCACCUUCAUUCCAACCACUGUUUCAGGAAAAAGAAACGUCUGAUAGUCCCUUGUCAGCAUAUCAUAGCAUUGCGCCACCAUCUGCAGCGGCAGAAGUAUUAGCAUAUUUCCACCAACAUAGUAAUCAGUAUAGUACUACUAUAAAUUAGACGAUCGAAAACUUUAAUGGACAAAGACAACGAUUGUUCUUGAAAAAAUUAUCACAAUUUGUAUGCUCCUUCUUCUAGAAGCAAUCUUAAUAGCCAUAUUAUUAAUGGAUUUCUUAAACAAUACAUUACCGCAUGGAGGGGACAAAUCUGCGCAAACA